AUGAAAAUUCGAAGUCUACUGAUACUCCAGGCUCUCAAAGCUUUCGUAACUUUAUCUUGUACUUGUGAAGUUUCAGAUCACUCUCGGAUUUCAUAUCGUUCUCAAGAUGACAAGGACAUAGCAUUUGGCGCUCUUUUACCUCUUCGGUCCAAAGAUAAACAGGGAAGAUGCGAAACUCCUGCAUACACAGAAGGUAUUCUUUGGCUGAGAGCUUUGAAUUAUGCAGUUAAGGAAGUAAAUAGAAGAUGGACGAAAGAGUUUAAUGCGUCUUUUCGUUUAACAAUCCGUGAUACAUGCAACGAUGAACAAAUAGCACUGGAAAAAGCUCUCGAGUUUGCGAAAGGCUACAGAAAUAGAGACUUGGGUGAAGCUCUAGUUAGAGAAGAAAAUACCACUGAAGAUCUAAUAAAGCCUGUAUUGGGUGUAAUAUCAGCUUCUCGAAAUCAAGAUGCUUCAGUCCUUCUAAGUCUCUUCAAGGUCCCACAAGUAAUUUUUGGCAGGGGUAAAACAGCGGUUGAGAAUUCUAAAGAUAUCUUGCGUUCUAUUUCAGUCGGUUUUUACAGAGCUCGUGCGCUCACAGAUCUUGUGAAAUAUUUUUCCUGGGAAGCUGUAUCGGUAGUUUAUUCGCCCACGCAUCAAGAUGAUUUUGAAACCUUUCUGCGCAUUUCGAGGAUAGAAAACCUCUGUGUUGCACUUACAGUAAAGCUUAGCGAUGACUAUGAGCAUGUUGUAGACAAACUGUUGUCGGAACCUCAAUCUACAGUGGUUUUUCUUUUUACCACGGAGGAGGAAACGAGUGCUUUGCAACAGAGUAAGUGUAUCUGAUUCUUCGUUUUGCCCAAAGAGUCAAAAGCCGUUUUGUAAAACCACCGCGAUGAUCUCGUAAGUUUCUAAUUUGCACUGAGCUAAAAAAGUCGUUUUGAACAAAAAGUUGUUGGCUCCUGGUUUUAUGGAACUACAGACGUUUGAUGGACGUCAUCCGGUUUGCCCGAGCAUUUAAGUGAAAAGUGGCAAAUGGUAGUAUCUCGAGACAAUGAAAAUUUAAACAAAUAUAAAUUUGAAAUAAUAAUGAUAAAAAAAUGAUCAUGGCUGAAAAGGCAAGUGCAACCGCCAUUGGCUAUUUGAAACUGGUUCUUGGCAAAUGUUCAAAUAUUAGAAGUGCAUUGUAUAAUUAACACAAGCAAUUUUAAUAAUAGCCCUCAAUUUUCCUGAGGAUUAUUUAACUUUAUCCGGUAAAUUUUGUGAUGAACCCUUUAACCUUUUUAAAAUAAAUUAUAACUUUGAACAUGUAAUAUUUACUUAUUUCUCUUUUACAGCCGUAAAGGCAAAGGCACAUCAAAGGAAUCAUUUUACGUGGAUCUUAUCCAGCCAACAAAAUAUUAACUGUUUUAGUGAAAAUUCUGAAAGCGACGAACUAUUUCUUCAACCUCAAUUUCCUUUUAUUGAAGGAUUCAGGGACUAUUUGGAAAACAAAGAUAGUCUUGUUAAGUUCAAAGAGGUUCUUGAGUCACCGAUAGCUUCAAGCAGCUGUUUAAACUCUGCAAAGUUUGAAUCGACGGACAAACAUACAAAGGAAGAAAUCCAGUCGUCUAUGAACAGUGUUUAUCUCCUUGCGCACGCAUACGAAACAGCCUUUCAAACGCAUCGAGAGCAUUUUGACAGUGUCUUUUUCUCUAGAAGUCUGGGUUAUGUACACGGCACGUUAUACAGUCAAAACUGGAAGCUGUUUUCUGGUCAGCGGAGUAUGAAAGAGAACAUGUUUUCUUUGAUCCAAAUACGACACAGUAGUUCUUCAAAGCGGGUUAUUAAUAUUGGUACUUGGGAUAGCUCUUGGUAUAUUAACAAGCUUGGAAUUAACUGGAGUAGCCAUUCAACACCAAGGUCCUCGUGUGGCGUCCAGUGCUCCCCUGGCUUCAUCCGGGUUCUAAAGAAUGGUAGUAAAUGUUGCUGGUCGUGUCUACGUUGCCAUUACAAUCAAAUUGUAACAGACGAAUACACAUGCGCAGACUGUUUGCGUGGGUACUGGCCCAAUGAAGAUUUUACCAAGUGCAAAUUUCAGUGGAAAAGAACUUUUUUUGGCUGUACGCUGGCAGUCGCUGCUGUGGUGUUGGUCUUUUCAUUUAUGGUUCUUUGA